AUGUCCUUUAGUCUGGCGGCUCCAUUUGUCAAGAGUGUUAACACGGCAGCGCAGCGCGCAGACAACACCCAGGCCGCGGGCGUAAACCCCAUUACUCUCUUCAAGACCGAGUACUUGGGUAUUCAGCUGGCUGACAACAGCGCCAGCCAUCGUGAUUUGGGCUUCACGGGCGAGUUGGGCGGCAAGUGGUACGCCAUUUAUGGUGACACACUAUGGUGUGCUCCUGGGGUCUCACAUCCUUCGCAUGAUGCCGAGGGUUUUCAUGGUAUGGUCAGGGACUCUAUAUCGGAAUGCACCAAUGACCCCUUGAGGGUCCACGAUCUGCACUUGAACGCCGACGGGCGUCAGAAGCAAUUCAUCCCGUUUAAUUCGAGCUGGGGCGAGACGAAUCUCCAUGGCUUCGGCGGCACGAGUCUGGUCGAGACGGACAAGGAAACCGCCACGGGCGCGGUGUACUACCUCGUGGUACGCGUCAAAUCUGGCCUCGUCGGUGCCGGUAUCGCUAAAGUCGAAAUGGUCAACGGUGCCCCGACCGUGACGAAGCGGUAUGGCUCCAAGGGCUACUGGUGGCCCUCCGACAAGGUCGCCCGCUACGGCGAUGUGGCCACCUUCAAGGAUCACAAGUCGGAUUACAUCUACCUAUGGGGCGGUGCCCCAACCUCAAUGGACGGCUUCCUCGUCGAGAGCUACGUCUACCAGGCCCGCGUCCGGGCGGCCGACGCGUUUGACUUCGGCAGUUACGAGUAUUGGUGGGGCCGGGCUCGGGGUUGGAGAAGUGUCCCGUUGACGGAGUUUACCACCGAGACGGCGGUAAUGUGGAAUUCGGGACAGGGGCAGGUGGUUUGGAGUCCAUUCUUUUCAUGCUAUAUUUUUGUGCAUCUUGGCCCCGGCUCCAACGACGUUUAUCUUCGCACCGCCCCCUCCCCAGAAGGCCCCUGGUCCCCUGACGUCAAGGUCUUCACCGCCACACCCAUCGACGGCGGCAUGACGUAUGCCGGCGUCGCGCACCCAUAUCUGGAUGAGAGCGGGCAAACGCUGACGAUCAGUUAUACAAAUAAUAACAACAUUGAGGUCCUCAAGGUCUCGUUUUACAAGGCGGGAACGAUAUAG